AAAAUAGAAGCAGCUAAAAUAGAAGCGGAAAAAAUAGAAGCAGCUAAAAUAAAAGCAGACGAAGAAGCCAAAAGAAAAGAAGCCAAAAGAAAAGAAGACAAAGAAGACGAAGAAGCUAAAAAAAAAGAAGCCAAAAGAAAAGAAGAAGAAGAAGAAGCUCAAAAACUAGCUGACCAAGUUCAAGAUCAGGCAAGUGGAGCACAAGAAAUGGUUCAAAAAGCUCAAACAAUAGUUCAAUUAGCAAAAGUAUUACAUGAUGGGGAAAAAAAACAAGAACAACUAGAUGAAACAGACAAACUAUUUCAACGAGUUGAAAAUCAAGCAAAUGAAUUAAAAGAACUAGCUCGAAAACUUGGAGAGGAAGCAAAUGAAUUAAAAGAACUAGCUCAAAAGACUGGAGACGAAAAAGUUGAAGAUCUGCAAACUAAAAUACAAAAUCUACUUGAAAAAUUUAACAAGCUAGCAAGCGAACCAGAAAAACUAAGCGAAAAAACCAAGAAUUUAGCACGCGAAGCAAAAAAACUGGCCCAAGAAGUAGCAAAAAAACUAGCCGACCAAGCUCAAUAUCAGGCAAGUGGAGCACAAGAAAUAGUUCAAGUUAUACAAAGGCUAAUUGGAUUAAAAAAAGUACCAUAUGAUGGGAAAAAAAGACAAGAACAACUAGAUGAAACAGACAAACUAUUUCAACGAGU